CCCUCUGCCUUUGUCCCUCCCCCUGUUGGUGUGUUUGUGCUCACACACACACUCUCUCUGUCAAAAUAAAUAAAUAAAAUCUUUUAAAAAAAGAACCUCUUCAAGUAAACAUUAUGAAAAAGUACAAUACAACCUUAAAAUUGCAAUAAACAUUAAUUCUCAUACUGUUUUUGUGCAUUAGAAGUCUAGGAGCAGCUUAGCUGGGUGGUUCUGGCUUGGGCUCUCUCAUGGGGUUGUAGUUAAUCCUUCAGCCAGAUCUGUAGUCCCAUGAAUGAUUGACCAGGGCUUGAGGAUCUACUUCCAACUGGCUCCCUCCCUUUUGGCUGUUGGCAGAGGCCUUAUUUCUUUAUGACAUGGACCUCUCCAUAGGACUGCUUGAGUAUCCUCAUGACAGGCAGCUGAUCACAAAGCCAGAACCUCAAUCUCUUUUAUCAUUUAGCUUCAGAAAUCACAACACCAUCACUUCUGUAUUCUUUUGGUCCCAUGGACACACUAUGAUAAAAAUGUAGGAAGAGACUACACAGGACGUUAACUCCAGAGGCCAGGAUCACUUACAGUUACCUUAGAAGUCACCCUAGAAGCAGCAUAACCUGAAGAGAUCAAGGAGUGAAAACAAGGAUCUAAUAAAUAUCUCACCAUCUGAAAUCAGAUACAUUUGGGAUCAAAUCAGGUCCAUUUAACCUGUCUACUAAAAGCUUGCUAUGAAUGGAUGCAUCAAUAAAGUUUAUUGUGGUUUUGACACUUCUAAAAAUAAUUUAGAUUAAAAGUCUGAUAAAUAAUUUUACAGUCAGAAAAGGUGGAGAAAACAUUUUUUCAGUUUUUUAAAGAUUUUAUUUAUGUGAGAGAGAGAGUGCACCAACAGGGGGGAGAGCAGAGGGACAAGCAGACUCCCCACUGAGCAGGGAGCCUGACGCAGCUCCUGACAUCAUGACCUGAACUGAAGUCAGAUCCUUGACUCACUGAGCCACCUACGUGCCCCGAAAAGUUGUAUUUCAAGGCAAUCGUUUUGAGGACAGAACAUAAUGAUAAAGUAGCUCCCAAAUAGGACUUUUUUUUUAAGUUGCUGUUUGCUUCCUUUCCAAGUCCUUAAGAAUUCAUGUGUUUACAACAGAAUAAACAAGAUAUUUCCAACUUCUCAUUGGCUUCUUUGAAUAAUUUUAUGGGAACUCAAUAUUUUUCUACCUAUGAAAAUUCUCAUAUCCAAAUAUUACAGUGGUUGAUUAUUCAUUUUAAAUUUCAAGUUUAAAAAAAUCUAGAUUAAGCAGAGGUAGGGGAAGCCUUUAGUUAAGCAGGUUUAAAAUACAAACAUGUAGGGAUGCCUGAGUGGCUCAGUGGUUGAGAGUCUGCCUCCGGUUCAGGUCAUGAUCCCGGGGUCCUGGGAUCGAGUCCUGCAUCAGGCUCCUUGCGGAGAGCCUGCUUCCCCCUCUGCCUAGGUCUCUGCCUCUCUCUGUGUGUGUCUCGUGAAUAAAUAAAUAAAAUACAAACAUGUAGAAGUUCGACUCAUCAUCUUAUUCCCUAUGAGUAGUCUUUUCUGGUAUGUUAGGUUAGUAAUAUUCAUUAGAAGAACUUCAGGCUCGGUCUCAGCCUCGCUGCUGCAGCCCAGAGACUGCUGAGCCCUGGUCCGUCCGCCGGCACCCACUCCAGACAUCCAGUCAUGGAUAAAGUCGAGCUGGUGCAGAAGGCCAAUCUGGCCAAGCAGGCUGAGCGAUAUGAUGACUUGGCAGCCUGCAUGAAGUCCUUAACUGAGCAAGGAGCUGAAUUAUAAGAGGAGAGGAAUCUUCUCUCAGUUGCUUAUAAAAAUGUUGUAGGAUCCCGUAGGUCAUCUUGGAGGGUCGUCUCAAGUAUUGAGCAAAAGAUGGAAGGUGCUGAGAAUAAACAGCAGAUGGCUCGAGAAUACAGAGAGAAAAUUGAGACCGAGCUAAGAGAUAUCUGCAAUGAUGUACUGUCUCUUCCGGCAAAGCGUUUGAUCCCCAGUGCUCCACAAGCAGAGAGCAAAGUCUUCUAUUUGAAAAUGAAAGGAGGCUACUACCGUUACUUGGCCGAAGUUGCUGCUGGUGAUGACAAGAAAGGGACUGUGGAUCAGUCACAACAAGCAUACCAAGAAGCUUUUGAAAUCAGCGGAAAGGAAAUGCAACCAACACAUCCUAUCAGAUUGGGUCUGGCCCUUAACUUCUCUGUGUUCUAUUACGAAAUUCUGAACUCACCGGAGAAAGCCUGCUCUCUUGCAAAGACAGCUUUUGAUGAAGCCAUUGCUGCACUUGAUACAUUAAGUGAAGAGUCACACAAAGACAGCACGCUAAUAAUGCAAUUACUGAGAGACAACUUGACAUCGUGGACAUCGGACACCCUAGGAGACGAAACUGAAGCAGGAGAAGGGGGGGAAAAUUAACUGGCCUUCCUACUUUUGUCUGCCUCAUUCUAAAAUUUACACAGUAGACCAUUUGUCAUUCAUGCUGUCCCACAAAUAGUUUUUUGUUUACGAUUUAUGACAGGUUUAUGUUACUUCUGUUUUAAUUUCUAUAUUUCCCAUGUGGUUUUUAUGUUGAAUAUUAGGGGAGUAGAGCCAGUUAAUAUUUAGGGAGUUACCUGUUUUCAUCUUGAGGUGGCCAAUAUGGGGAUGUGGAAUUUUUAUACUAGUUAUAAGUGUUUGGCAUAGUACUUUUGGUACAUUGUGGCUUCACAAGGGCCAGUGUUAAAACUGCUUCCACGUCUAAGCAACGAAAACUGCCCACAUCUUGGUUUGUCCUGGUGGGGAAUAAAAGGGAUAAUUGGUUCCAGAUACAGGUGUAGUUAUUGUGGGUACUUUAAGGUUUAGGGCACUUACAAGGCUGUAGUAGAAAGGGUAUCCUGUAGAUAUUAAAUGUGAACCACGAGUAUCUGUGGAAUACUCAUUCUCGAUGUGCACACCUUUGACUACAGUUGCAGGAGUGUUCCUUUAGUUGUGACCCAAUUUACUCUGGUUAAGGGCAGAAAUGGUUCACAUUCCAUUAUUUGGAAAGUUACCUGCUGUUUGCUUUCAUUAUUUUUGCUACACUCCUUUUAUUUGUAUUUAAAUGUUUCAGGCAACCUAAGAACAAAUGUACAAGUGAAGACGCAGUAAAAAUGAAUUGCUUGAUAUCCAUUACUUUAUGUAUAUCAAGUAUAGCAGCAAAACAAAAAUCCCAUGUAUUUAACCUUUUUGUUAGUUUUUUUUUCUGUUUUGUUUUGUUUUGAUUCUUUGCUCUUGUGAUUUUUUUUUUUUUUGAUACUUGCCUAACAUGCAUGUUCUGUAAAAAUAGUUAACAGGGAAAUAACUUGAGAUGAUGGCUAGCUUUGUUUAGUGUCUUAUGAAAUUUUCAUGAACAAUCUAAGCAUAAUUGUUAAGAACACAUGUAUUGAGUAGUUGUAAGUGGAAUAAAAGUUUUGUGAAUGGACUUUUCAACUACUUUCUCUACAGGUUUUCAUGUAAAUUAGAUUCUUGGUUCUGAAACCUCUCUAAAGGAAAUUGUACAUUUUUGGAAAUUUAUUCCUUAUUCCCUCUUGACAGCUAAUGGGCUUUUACCAAGUUUAAAUACAAAGUUUAUCAUAACAAAAUACUACUAAUAUAACUACUACUGUUCCCAACCAUGUCCUGUAUUCCUCCCCUACCCUGAAAAAAAAAAAAAAAAGCUUUUUUUCAGAGACAGGGGAUUGAUUGGAAAAAAGUAAU